AUGAUCAUUCCUAAGAAAGUCAAGUGGGAGAAAUACAUACCCCAAGGCUCAAAUCAGUGGGACUGGCAAAUGGCGGUAUGUAAGUUGUUUGAUGAGCGUCCAAUAUGGAUCAAAGAAUCAUUAGCCGAACUCUUGCUUGAAAAAGGUCUGAACUUUGGAAGCAACAUGCUCAGAAGGUGGUCUGCAUGGGCAUUUGCCCUUUAUAUUACGUCGUAUUCUAAUUGA